GGCCAGCUGCCAUGCUGUGAGCACACUUAAGCAGCCCUAUGGAGAGGUCCAUGUGAUGAUGAACUGAGGCCCCAGCCAACAGCCAUGUGAAGGAGCCAUCGUGGAAGCAGAUCCUCCAGCUCCUCUUGAGCCUCCAGAUGAUUUCAGCCUCAGCCAACAUCUUGACUGCAAGCUCAUGAGAGACCCGAGCCAGAACUACCCAGUUAGGUGCUUCUGGAUUCCUGACCUACAGAUACUGUCGCCGCCACACGAGAAAGCUGGCCGCGAAAGUCGUGCUGGAAUCACUUCCAACGAAACCCCAGGCAUAGAUGGGAAAGGGUGAAGAACACGUUGCCAUGGCUACCGUUUCCCCGGUCACGGAAUAAACGCUCUCUAGGAUCCGGAAGUAGUUCCGCCGCGACCUCUCUAAAAGGAUGGAUGUGUUCUCUGCUUACAUUCAUUGGACGUUUUCCCUUAGAGGCCAAGGCCGCCCAGGCAAAGGGGCGGUCCCACGUGUGAGGGGCCCGCGGAGCCAUUUGAUUGGAGAAAAGCUGCAAACCCUGACCAAUCGGAAGGAGCCACGCUUCGGGCAUCGGUCACCGCACCUGGACAGCUCCGAUUGGUGGACUUCCGCCCCCCUCACGAAUCCUCAUUGGGUGCCGUGGGUGCGUGGUGCGGCGUGAUUGGUGGGUUCAUGUUUCCCGUCCCCCGCCCGCGAGAAGUGGGGGUGAAAAGCGGCCCGACCUGCUUGGGGUGUAGUGGGCGGACCGCGCGGCUGGAGGUGUGAGGAUCCGAACCCAGGGGUGGGGGGUGGAGGUGGCUUCUGCGAUCGAAGGGGACUUGAGACUCACCGGCCGCACGCCAUGAGGGCCCUGUGGGUGCUGGGCCUCUGCUGCGUCCUGCUGACCUUCGGGUCGGUCAGAGCUGACGAUGAAGUUGAUGUGGAUGGUACAGUAGAAGAGGAUCUGGGUAAAAGUAGAGAAGGAUCAAGGACGGAUGAUGAAGUAGUACAGAGAGAGGAAGAAGCUAUUCAGUUGGAUGGAUUAAAUGCAUCACAAAUAAGAGAACUUAGAGAGAAGUCGGAAAAGUUUGCCUUCCAAGCCGAAGUUAACAGAAUGAUGAAACUUAUCAUCAAUUCAUUGUAUAAAAAUAAAGAGAUUUUCCUGAGAGAACUGAUUUCAAAUGCUUCUGAUGCUUUAGAUAAGAUAAGGCUAAUAUCACUGACUGAUGAAAAUGCUCUUUCUGGAAAUGAGGAACUAACAGUCAAAAUUAAGUGUGAUAAGGAGAAGAACCUGCUGCAUGUCACAGACACUGGUGUAGGAAUGACCAGAGAAGAGUUGGUUAAAAACCUUGGUACCAUAGCCAAAUCUGGGACAAGCGAGUUUUUAAACAAAAUGACUGAAGCACAGGAAGACGGCCAGUCAACUUCUGAAUUGAUUGGCCAGUUUGGUGUCGGUUUCUAUUCCGCCUUCCUUGUAGCAGAUAAGGUUAUUGUCACUUCAAAACACAACAACGAUACCCAGCACAUCUGGGAGUCUGACUCCAAUGAAUUUUCUGUAAUUGCUGACCCAAGAGGAAACACUCUAGGACGGGGAACGACAAUUACCCUUGUCUUAAAAGAAGAAGCAUCUGAUUACCUUGAAUUGGAUACAAUUAAAAAUCUCGUCAAAAAAUAUUCACAGUUCAUAAACUUUCCUAUUUAUGUAUGGAGCAGCAAGACUGAAACUGUUGAGGAGCCCAUGGAGGAAGAAGAAGCAGCCAAAGAAGAGAAAGAAGAAUCUGAUGAUGAAGCUGCAGUAGAGGAAGAAGAAGAAGAAAAGAAACCAAAGACUAAAAAAGUUGAAAAAACUGUCUGGGACUGGGAACUUAUGAAUGAUAUCAAACCAAUAUGGCAGAGACCAUCAAAAGAGGUAGAAGAAGAUGAAUACAAAGCUUUCUACAAAUCAUUUUCAAAGGAAAGUGAUGACCCCAUGGCUUAUAUUCACUUUACUGCUGAAGGGGAAGUUACCUUCAAAUCAAUUUUAUUUGUACCCACAUCUGCUCCACGUGGUCUGUUUGACGAAUAUGGAUCUAAAAAGAGCGAUUACAUUAAGCUCUAUGUGCGCCGUGUAUUCAUCACAGACGACUUCCAUGAUAUGAUGCCUAAAUACCUCAAUUUUGUCAAGGGUGUGGUGGACUCAGAUGAUCUCCCCUUGAAUGUUUCCCGCGAGACUCUUCAGCAACAUAAACUGCUUAAGGUGAUUAGGAAGAAGCUUGUUCGUAAAACACUGGACAUGAUCAAGAAGAUUGCUGAUGAUAAAUACAAUGAUACUUUUUGGAAAGAAUUUGGUACCAACAUCAAGCUUGGUGUGAUUGAAGACCACUCGAAUCGAACACGUCUUGCUAAACUUCUUAGGUUCCAGUCUUCUCAUCAUCCAACUGACAUUACUAGCCUAGACCAGUAUGUGGAAAGAAUGAAGGAAAAACAAGACAAAAUCUACUUCAUGGCUGGGUCCAGCAGAAAAGAGGCUGAAUCUUCUCCAUUUGUUGAGCGACUUCUGAAAAAGGGCUAUGAAGUUAUUUACCUCACAGAACCUGUGGAUGAAUACUGUAUUCAGGCCCUUCCCGAAUUUGAUGGGAAGAGGUUCCAGAAUGUUGCCAAGGAAGGAGUGAAGUUUGAUGAAAGUGAGAAAACUAAGGAGAGUCGUGAAGCAGUUGAGAAAGAAUUUGAGCCUCUGCUGAAUUGGAUGAAAGAUAAAGCCCUUAAGGACAAGAUUGAAAAGGCUGUGGUGUCUCAGCGCCUGACAGAAUCUCCGUGUGCUUUGGUGGCCAGCCAGUACGGAUGGUCUGGCAACAUGGAGAGAAUCAUGAAAGCACAAGCGUACCAAACGGGCAAGGACAUCUCUACAAAUUACUAUGCGAGUCAGAAGAAAACAUUUGAAAUUAAUCCCAGACACCCGCUGAUCAGAGACAUGCUUCGACGAAUUAAGGAAGAUGAAGAUGAUAAAACAGUUUUGGAUCUUGCUGUGGUUUUGUUUGAAACAGCAACGCUUCGGUCAGGGUAUCUUUUACCAGACACUAAAGCAUAUGGAGAUAGAAUAGAAAGAAUGCUUCGCCUCAGUUUGAACAUUGACCCUGAUGCAAAGGUGGAAGAAGAGCCCGAAGAAGAACCUGAAGAGACAGCAGAAGACACAACAGAAGACACAGAGCAAGACGAAGAUGAAGAAAUGGAUGUGGGAACAGAUGAAGAAGAAGAAACAGCAAAGGAAUCUACAGUUGAAAAAGAUGAAUUGUAAAUUAUACUCUCACCAUUUGGAUCCUGUGUGGAGAGGGAAUGUGAAAUUUACAUCAUUUCUUUUGGGAGAGACUUGUUUUGGAUGCCCCCCAAUCCCCUUCUCCCCUGCACUGUAAAAUGUGGGAUUAUGGGUCACAGGAAAAAGUGGGUUUUUUAGUUGAAUUUUUUUUAACAUUCCUCAUGAAUGUAAAUUUGUACUAUUUAACUGACUAUUCUUGAUGUAAAAUCUUGUCAUGUGUUUAAAAAUAAAAAAGAUCCCAAAUA